UGUGGCUCUCCGAACGUAUGUACAUGAUCGGCAAAAAAAAGCGUUCCACGAUCGCACGAAUGAACGCAUGCACAAAUGAUCGACGCCAAGGUAAAACCUUAUGCUGGCGCGUCUGUGUGCGUACGAUGGUUCGGCCAAAAAGUCACCAAAAUAACAUUAGAUAAUAGAAGGCUAAUGCCGGCAAUGUGUACGCGGAGAAGAAUGCUACGCUGAGGCUAGCGUGAAACCGGAAUCAAAAUACCGGUUUUUGUAUUUAUUCAUCCGUGCCCUGACGUUGAUGUGGUGCCUGCUGCUGCUGCUGCUACUUCUGGUUGGCCUGCGAGUCUGUGUUAUUCUGCUGCAGACACAUCAUGGGACGGUUUGUGCUCGAAUGUCUGGUGGUUUGUUUGCUGAUAACAUUAGCGAGAAGCCAAAAUGAAACCUUUUCGUUUGCCACGUUGGGACCGGAUACGGGUGUGGACCGAUUGCACCGAAGUUCACAAAAGUUUGGCUUACAGUUUUACCAGUACGUCACCGAACUGGUCGAUUACAAUCCAAACGUAACGACGGUCAACAUCAUCGUAUCUCCGUUUUCGGUCUGGAAUCUGUUGACCUUGAUAACGGAAGGCGCAUCUGGGCGGACACUGGGUGAGCUACUUGUCACAUUGGAUGUGCAACAGCAGGAGAUACGAAACUUUUACAAACCGUUCGUACAAAGUUUGAGUCUUUUGGACCAAGAUGUACAGCUGGCAGCGGCACAGUACGUCAUCACCGACAAGAAUCGUCCAGUGUCAAAAGAUUUCGAAACGAAUUUGGACAAUUUCUACAACCCAAGCAUAUUGCAACCGAUGGAUUUUGCCAACCGCAAGCAAACGGUUGAUCGCGUUAAUCAACUCGUUUCCGACGCAACCAAAGGGCAGAUACCGAAGGCGAUCGAAAUGAGGGAUCUGGAGGAAGCGCGAUUGAUCAUGCUUUCGGUACUGUUCUUCCAAGGACAGUGGACGAUUCCAUUCAACCGAUCGUUCACCACGAAGGUUCCGUUCUACGAUGAAAACGAUCAACCGAUCGGUAUGGUAGAGAUGAUGUUCCAGCGAGGUAUUUUCCCGUUUGCCGGUUACAAGGAACUGGACGCACAGAUUCUGGAGCUUCCUUACGGGGCAAAUCGACAUCUUAGCAUGCUGCUGAUUAUGCCACGGAAAGGUGUACCGCUUGUUGAGGUUAUCCGCAAGCUGGCUGGAUAUGGCGUUGAUCGUGUCUUCGAAGAGCUUGACCGCAGCUUGGUAGACUUCGACGACGACGAGGUGGAGGUGCAUUUGCCAAAGUUUGAGUUUAACUCCGACUACAAUUUAAUACCCAUUUUGAAUCAGAUGGGUAUCAAAGAGGCUUUCGAUUCAGGGUUAGCCAACUUUGGUAAAAUCUCGGACCUGAACGCCAUUUACAUUAGCAGCGUUAUACAGCAAACCAAAAUCGUUGUGAACGAAGAGGGCACGAUGACAGCCGCCGUAACGACCGCUGUCUUCGCUAAUAAGGCAACUCCUCCACGCUUUUUAGCCAACCGGCCGUUUGGAUUUAUGAUCGUUAAUCGUCAGUUACGAACGAUUCUAUUUGCCGGACAGGUUAAGCGACCUAAUUUGGUCUAAAUCUCCCUAAACGAUCAUUCUACGCAGAUGGAUUUACUUUCGGAACGGGAGCAUAUAAGCGGACAAAUAAAUGGAAAAGUAUUUGUUUAUAAUAUCGAAA